AUUUCUUGUAAUAUUGAUCUUCAAUCCAGACAUAAUCAUUGAAUUCUAUUAACACUUUAUCUGUGCGAUGGCUUAUUGGCGAUACAUUGUUUUCCUUUGUGGAGUCUUCAUAAAGAACACAGUGUCACUUACGACACCUUAUAAUAACCAAAGCGAGCAUGCAUUGAAUUCAACGGAAACUCCUUCACCAACAGAAGAAUCAGUGACAACAAUUAUGGACUCUAAUACUAUAGAAGACCAUGAUACAACAGAAUCUUCCGCAACGAUACAAGAAUCAACAAUACUAACAACAUCAAAUACAACAACAGAAAAUACAACUACACAGACAACAACACAAACUACAACCACACAGACUUCAACCACACCAACUACAACCACACAAAGUACUACCACAAAGACUUCAACCACACCAACCUCUACCACAUCAACUACUACCACACCAACUACCACUACACCAACUACAACCACACAAAGUACUACCACACAGACUUCAACCACACCAACCUCUACCACAUCAACUACUACCACACCAACUACCACUACACCAACUACAACCACACAAAGUACUACCACACAGACUUCAACCACACCAACCUCUACCACAUCAAUGACUACCACACCAACUACCACUACAUCAACUACAACCACACAAAGAACUACCAGAAGAGGUAUCAAUAUGAGUGUGUAUUUUCCUGCAAUAAGAAAUUUCCUUGAUUUUGUAUGCCGCCUGGAUGUAACUUUAAGGUGUCCAAGAUUCGACAAAGGAAUAUUUUCCCAUUGGGCAAGAAAUGAAGAUAAAUGUGAUAUGAUGCCUGAUGUUCACAAAUGCUGCUUUGGGUUUAUAUCAGAUAAUGAAACCAUGGAAAGUCUAGCAAUGUGCCACGAUGAAUGCAAUGAACUGGAUGUAGAUCUUCUCAGUAAACCACGGUGCAGAGAUCAUGGCCAAUUGAGAAACAAACAGAGAUAA